UGGACGCACACUGUUGUUGUGCGGUGACGCUGCGCUCAACUGCCGACAUGAACCUGUUUUGCUUUUCACUGGAGGGUUCUAUGGACAGCCUGUAUGAGGCUGUGCAGACUUCCAACGAUGCACCCUCUAAACCCGUCCCCAGCCGCUCCUCCAGCCGCUCGUGCAGCCGUUCGUGCAGCCCGGCGCACCUGCUGGACGAUGAUGCAAAAUGGAGAGGUUCUGGAAGGUCUAUUUCUAUGGACAUGACUCUAAGGACAAGCACCAACACUCAUAAGAAGAAAAAAAGAACAUAUGUCCCCAAAUCUGCAUCAGAUAACGAGGUGCUGGCAGAUAACGCCUUGGGUAAUGCAGCCAUUUGGAAGCCUGCCAAGAGCCCAGAGGAUUUAGUCCACAUCUCAAACAAUCACAAUGAAGAAAUUAAGAGGACAAAGCACAAAGUGGAUGCCAAAGGAGGGAAAACAGCUCAACAUGCUGCGACCAAAAAAAGGGACAAACACUCAAAUCAGAACACCAAAGGAGCAGCAACAGAAUCUAAACCAGCUAUAAAAAGAACCCAAAAACUUGGAAAGAAACCCGCUGGCAAGAAUGGGAAAGAGGGUACAAAGAAAAAUCACAACUCCACAGGAACCACAAGUCCCCCUGUGGGCCCACACUACCUAGAUGUACCCCACAGGUUGGACACGAGGCUCUACCUAGGCAAAUCCUCCACCCUACCCACUCAAGAGAACACAACUCCAGGACGCUGCCCUGACAUGAUCAGUCUCCCGGGUGGUGCGACGCCCACUCACACCCACCACAUGCACAACCAGCGUUGGAGCAACCCGGGUGGGAACAGUCCGGCCUGGGGCGCGGUGCAGCACACCUGCCGCAGGCCGCUGACGGAGUACCGGGCGUGCUCCCACGACUUGAGUCAGCCUCUCGGAACGUCAGGUUGGCAAGGAGGAGACGACCAUGAAGGCAGCUUGAGUACAAACUGUAAACCCCCGAUUCCACCGAAGGUGACGCGCUCUAUCACUGAAGUGGAUCUGUCGGAACCUAAUCGUUCCACAAGCUUUGGCAGGUUUGAAGGCCUCAGACAUAAUCCAUCUCCAGCUAAAGCAGAGGAAAAUGGAACAAAUUUGCUGCCUGAAGAAUGCGAAAGCACAGACCCACAAAAAUCAGCUGGAAUUGGGAAGAAAAUGAAGGCAAUUUCACUGACCAUGCGGAGAAGAAUGGGCAAAAAGCAUGUAAAGUCCUUCUCAGAGGAGACGGGUGAUGAUAUAGAGACAGAGACUGGGCCUGCAACUGAAAAGAACUCUGCAAGGACCAGCAACUCAUUGGAGAGUCUUUACAGUGCUCAAAGCUCAUCUAGUGGUGUCACCAGCGAGUCCAAUGGUUCUGGACAGAGGGACAGUCUGAGGCUGGAGGAGGAAGGUUCCUACCAGGGUCAGUUCUGCGGCAGAGCUCGUGUCCACACAGACUUUGUCCCCAGCCCUUACGACACUGACUCGCUUAAACUAAAGGCUGGUGACAUCAUCAACAUCAUCAGCAAGCCUCCGAUGGGCAUCUGGACGGGGCUGCUCAACAACAAGGUGGGGAACUUCAAGUUCAUCUACGUGGACGUUCUGGUGGAGGAGGAGAAGAAGGAAGAAGAAGACCAAUCUCCCAAGAUUCGACAACAGAAACUGUGCAAAAGACCUCGACCGAAAACGCUGCUGGAGCUGCUCGAGCGACUGAAUCUGGAGGAGUAUGCCUCGGCACUGCUGCUCAAUGGCUACCAGACUGUGGAAGACCUCAUGCACCUGCAGGAGAAACACCUGAUUGAGUUAAACGUGAACGACCCUGAGCACAGGCACAAGCUGCUGGCUGCCGCCCAGUGCCACUACCCAGAAGGGGAUGAUGUCAGAGACGUAGAGGAGAGUGGAGCCUCAAGCGGUCCACAGGAAGACGACAGCGACUGUCCAAGAGACUCUGGCUGCUUUAUCCCGUCCGAAUGCACGGACAGCAAGGAAGACGCCGAGCAGCUGGCAGACGCUGUGGCUUCUUAAUAACCUAAUCAUCAUUUGACUGAUAACAUACUAUACGGACUUUGUCACUGUCAAAAUGCUAGUAUAUUUCAUUUCAAAUCAUCACAUCUGUUAUUGCAUUCAAAAAUGCCACUUGUAUUUAUUUCAUUUUGAGUCAUUCAGCGUUUUUACUUAUAAAGCCUUUAUUUAUUUUCUCUUGUUUCUAUUGUCAUUUGGGAUUUAGAAAAUGUAUAAACUAUACAAACUUGCCUUUGACUGUAUAUAUCGUGUACUGUGCUGGGGGUGAGGGGUAAUGGUGUUAAUGAGAAUGAUUCUGUAAAUAUUAAAGUCUGCCAAAUAUGUUAUUGAA